AACGCCUUUUCUUUUUUUGUUGUUGUCUGUUUAGGUGUGACCCUUCCUGUUGCUAUAACAGGUGACGAGUUACAUGAACACGGACACUACCCAUCGGGCUGUAGACUACAUGGAGACGAGUUACCAAGCCGCUAAACCAACGAUGAGCCUGGACACCCAGUAGCCACACCACCAAAGAUAAUAAUGCCUGACUGAAAACAUUAUACCCGUCUCAUCCGUAAACUCAUCUCAACUUAUUCGUCACCAUUCGAGACGGUGAACUAAAUGAGUGUUCAAGAAAUAACGCAUUUGUGUUUGCGGAUUUUGACGAGGAAGUCCCGUCUUCCGAUCUGUUCGCGAAGGAGAGAGAGCAAAAAGUUUACCUUCUUCCCCUCCUAUUUUUUUUCUUCUCCGUGACAAACGAAGCGGAUUUGUCCACGCCCACUCGAUUCAGUCAACGUCAUUAGGCGCGUGCGCAGUGUGUUCAUGUAGAUCCUAGCCUCGAUUGGAAGCUGUAAAUGACAGUGAUGUGAGUUCGUGCGAGAUUUGAGACCUUGUCAGACUCGACUAACAGUCCGUUCCGCCUGGUUGGUACUUAUCCCCUCUCCUUCCUACAUUUCGUCUCCCGGAUAACAACCGACAUCUAAGGCCUCUCUUGGGAUUCUUACUUCGCUCGUCUCCAAUAAUUCAUUCACAUUUUACUUUUCGUCAACUCUUCUUUGCCACCUUUAUUUUUUUACAAUACAAAUUGGAUUACUUAAACUUAAUCGCAUGGAGUUUCGACGUGCAAAUGGAUUUGAACGCGAUCGGCUAAACAUUCAUGGGAAUUAAUUAUUUUUUUCUUCAGAAUUUUGGAUUGUGAACAGAUGCGUUUCAUGCUUCGUAGUUCUUCUGUAAUCAUAAUUUGUAUUUGAUAUAUUUUUGAAGAGAUUGGAUUUCGCGUUGGACAUCGUCUGUGUGCGACGCGGUUUCCAUGAAACCGAAGAUGGAUGAAAAUUAUUGGUGGUCGUCGACGAUACCGGCGAGUAAGAGAGCCUCGCAUGUCAUCAUCAUCGGGUUCUUAUGCGUAUCCCUGGCAGCGGGGUUAUCGGACGAUGGCGGGAUGCGAACGAGAAGAGAACACGCCGACACGAGGCAACAACACCACAAUCAGCACCAACAAAUUCACACAAUAUCAGCAACAAUCAGAGACGCUGACAACAGCGCGUUGCUCCAAAAUAUCUUAGCUUCAAAAAAGAGUGCCAGCAUCAGCACGGACUCCGCCGCAAAGGAGGGGCACAAAUCAUCCAAUAGUGUUAGCAAUAAUAUCAUUAAUCAAAUAAAAUUAUCAAACAUUACAUCGUCGACGACGACGUUAUCAAAAUUAACUGCUUCAGUGCUGUCGAGAUUAAACUCUUCGCCACCCUCAUCAUCAUCUGGUUCAAAUAGAACAGAGCAAGGUGAGAGGUUGCAUAGCUGGAGCCCAAUGAAUUCAGACUCGUCGCUCCAGCACCACCUACGGACAGGCAGCCAGGCCGACGCCGAACCCAGUCGGAGGGUAAAGAGAAAAGCGUCAAGUCGAGGGAGUCCCCUUAUUUACAACUCCAAGCAACCGACGCAGCUUUUCUGCCGAACCAACUUUCGCCUUGCCGUUCACGAGGACGGAACGAUUAAUGGAACGCGGGAUAAUAUGGAUGUAUAUUCUAGCCUUUACAUCCAGUCGCAGAGGCGGAGUAUUGUUUCCAUCAAGGGUCUCAAAAGUCAGCUCUACGUAUGUGUAGACGAUAACGGAAACCUAUACGGAAACAGGAGAGUAAGUCGGAACUGUUACUUCCAGGAAAAGCUUGAACCCAACUUCUUCAACACAUACGCCUACAAGAUGCCAGACAGCACCAACAAAAGGCGGAGGCAUCGAACCCUCUUCCUCUCUAUCAACAAGUACGGCGAGUCCAGGAUCGCCAAGGUCCGCACCCAGAAGAAGGCCCAGUUCAUCCCGCUAGUCCCGCCCACGGAGCUCUUGUGACUAUCAAGAAAGUGGCGUAGGCGACACAGGUCCGCAAAAUAGAGCGACUUCGAGCGCGCACGACGACCACGUGCGACGACAACAGCUCGAGGAAGCCAUUUUGGGGAGAGGAGUUUGAGGAGAGAGAGCGGGAGAAACAUGGACGAUUCAUUCGACUUUUCUCUCGGAAUUAUGAUGGCGAUUCAACAGACAAUCCUUUCAUCUUUUACCUGGUGAAGUUUUUGAGCAUCCCUUCCCCUGUUGAAUGAAUAGCGGCCCUAUGAGAAAUGGAUAAUGCAAGACCAUGGCGCGCUGCUCAGAGCGGUAGACGACGGACUACUUCUAAGUUACGUUCAGAAAACGCAGCGCGCUUCCAACAAUAAGCCUACGUCGCAGUGUACGCAUGAGGCGGCACACGGACUGUUUAAAAGGACCUUACAGGUAAACUGGUUAUUCACAAGACGAAACUGUUGCUUUCAGAAAGAAAACACGUGCCACUGAAUAAUUUAAUGAUAAUACCACACGCUGCCAAAACAAAUGAGAGUUAUGCAAUGUGAUGUAUAUGCACAUUAAAUUGGACAAGAACAGAGUAGGAAACCAAAAGGAUGAUUUUGAGGAGAAAAAAAUGAGGUUUAGAAAUAUUUUGUAUUCACGUGUGCUAUUGUAAUUUAAUCAGUCAACACAGCGCAUCAAAGAAUGAGAUAAUCACUAGAACUUUAUCCUCAAAUUGGCAAUACUGAUGCGCCUUUGUUAUUUACCUCAUUCUGUUUAUGUAUUCAUGUUAUUGUACACCUUCGAUCACAAUAAGAAAUUUAAUGUAUGUGUGCUACAAGAUGACGACUUAACAGGAGACUACCUAACAUUUGUUAAUUCAAUAUAAAACUCUGUAUCUUUAUUAACUGUUGUAUCAAAGUUUUACAAAAUCCUAAAUCUAAUUUGUGGAAACGAGCUUGGGGAAAAUCGUUGCACGUUAGUGAGAACGAAGUGGAGUUUAAAUUCUACGAAGUGUGAAGUGGUGAUGUACAUUUUUAACCUCUUAAACUCUUUUACCUAACCAAAAACCCUCAUCGAAUUCUUAACUUAACUAGAUUUAAUCCAACUUGCGGAGGAUAAGUCAAUAAUGAAAUCUAUAUUCCUCAAAGAAGCGUAAAUGACGAUGAUUUAUUUUGCCGCGAUUGCAAAAUAUUUUGUUUACCCCCUUUAACUAAUACCAUUCUGACUUCCAGACGUUAUAGUAAUUUCAAAGCUGCAAAUAUUUGUCAAGAUGUAUGUUUCAUAUCUUAACUAUUGACGAGAGGGUUUAUUCAUUAUUUUUCACACUUUUUGAGUUGGGAAAGUUUAUUUUAAAUUUUGCGUUAAAUGUGCAUCCAAUUCGUACGCUUUGUACUGGAUUUCUUAAAGUCUCGGUCACACAUACAACGGGGACUCAAGCGGAUUGCCGUAUAAAUCGAUAUAUUCAUGCAGGUAUCGCUUAUUAUGAGUCGGUUCCGAUAAACUAUCCACGUGAUAGCCGCGAUGGUUAACAGUCUAAUAAAAUCGGACCUUUAACCAGAUAUAUCCGGGUCCAAAACGAUCCGAUAUCAAGUUCAAAAUGAUCAGUUGUGGAGAGAAUCACUUGUUUGACGAUUCCUCAUUAUCCUAGCGCCGAUAACGGCAACAAAACUGCAUACCCACCCCCCACCCAACCUGCCCCCUUUUUUCUGUGGCAAGUGUAUGUUUUAUUUUUUUUAACUCUGUCUUUA